AUGAGGGAAGGGUCUGCAGUAGAGAGGACUCCGUCAGAAAGAGGGGCAGGGGCUUCCGGAAUGGGAGAGCUGGACCCCCCUGUGUGCAGGGAAGAAAGGGGCUGCAGUGUGUAUUGCAAAUCUUCUUGGAAUCAGCUACAGGACCUGUGCCGCUUGGCCAAGCUCUCAUGCCCUGCCCUUGGCAUCUCCAAAAGGAACCUCUAUGACUUUGAAGUCGAGUACCUGUGUGAUUAUAAGAAGAUCCGCGAACAGGAGUAUUACCUGGUAAAAUGGCGUGGAUACCCAGAGUCAGAGAGCACCUGGGAGCCACGGCAGAAUCUCAAGUGUGUGCGCAUUCUCAAGCAGUUCCACAAGGACUUAGAACAAGAGUUGCUUCGGCGGCACCAUCGGUCAAAGCCCCCCCGGCAUCUGGACCCAAGCUUGGCCAGCUACCUGGUACAGAAGGCCAAGCAGAGGCGGGCACUCCAGCUCUGGGAGCAGGAGCUCAAUGCCAAGCGAAACCAUCUGGGACGUAUCACUGUGGAGAAUGAGGUGGAUCUGGAUGGCCCCCCGCGGGCCUUUGUAUACAUCAAUGAGUACCGUGUUGGUGAGGGUAUCACCCUCAACCAGGUUGCUGUGGGCUGUGAGUGCCAGGACUGCCUGUGGGCACCUGCUGGAGGCUGCUGUCCUGGGGCAUCACUGCACAAGUUUGCCUACAAUGACCAGGGCCAGGUGCGGCUGCGAGCUGGGCUGCCCAUCUAUGAGUGCAACUCCCGUUGCCGCUGUGGCUAUGACUGCCCCAACCGCGUGGUACAGAAGGGCAUCCGCUACAACCUCUGCAUCUUCCGCACGGAUGAUGGGCGUGGCUGGGGUGUCCGCACACUGGAGAAGAUCCGCAAGAACAGCUUCGUCAUGGAGUACGUGGGAGAGAUCAUUACCUCAGAGGAGGCGGAGCGGCGGGGCCAGAUCUACGACCGCCAGGGUGCCACAUACCUCUUCGACCUGGACUACGUGGAGGAUGUGUACACCGUGGAUGCCGCCUAUUAUGGCAACAUCUCCCACUUUGUCAACCAUAGUUGUGACCCCAACCUCCAGGUGUACAACGUCUUCAUAGACAACCUUGAUGAGCGGCUGCCCCGCAUUGCUUUCUUUGCCACAAGAACCAUCUGGGCAGGCGAGGAGCUCACUUUUGAUUACAACAUGCAAGUGGACCCCGUGGACAUGGAGAGCACCCGCAUGGACUCCAACUUUGGCCUGGCCGUGCUCCCUGGCUCCCCCAAGAAGCGGGUCCGUAUUGAAUGCAAGUGUGGGACUGAAUCCUGCCGCAAAUACCUCUUCUAGUCCUUCGAAGUCUGAGGCCAGACUGACUGUGGGGACCUAAAGCCACCCAUCCCACCCACCCCGUGCCCACUUGCCCUCCUGUUGAGGAAUGACUGCCAGGGCCUC